AUGGCGACGUACGGAGCGCAAGGGGAGGCGUCUGAAGAACAAGGUGCGACACAGAAGCUUACGCGCAUCCAUGGCGUCGCACUAGCUUACGGCCACGGCGACGAAGACUAUGUCGAGGAGGAGGUGAUUCCGGACGAAGAGGAAGAGAUCAGCGUGGAGGAAGUGGAGAAGGACGAGGAGGAGGCGAAGGACACGGAGGUGGACGACGACGAGGAGGGUACGGAGAACUCGGAGGUGGGUGGCGACGAGGAGGUUACGGAGAACUCGGAGGAGGACGACGACGAGGAGGCGAAGAACUUGGAGGAGGAGGACGCCGAGGAGGCGAAGAAUUCGGAGGAGGAGGAGGACGAGCACGCGAACGAAGUGGUGGCAAAGGACACGGAGGAGGAGAGCGUGGAGGACGAGGAGGAGGUGAAGGACGUGGAGGACGACGAGGAGGCGAAAGGCGAAGAGAUGGCGGGCAACAGCGCCAUGUCCGCCGUCGAAUAUGCGGUCGGUCCGAACGAGAAACAAGUGGACGAUGAUGACUUGUUCGGUGAUGGCGAUGACGACACCACCGCCACGCACGUGAAGGCCAAGUCGGACGGUGGCGUGGCUGCUGCCGUCAUCGACGAUGAUGACUUGUUCGGCAGUGAGGACGAUGAAGAGACGGUGAACGACGUGGUGGACAAGGACUCGGUGGCAGAGGACAACGACAAAGGCGCUGGCAGCAAGCGGCAAGUGACGGGUUUCGAAGAAUCUAUCCAGCAAUUUGUACGCGCAGCCCGGGAAGAAGCCGAAGCUGAAGCCGCUGUCCAAGCGUCGAGUGCCCGCCGUGCGGCAGCCGCUGCUUCUUCCACGACGGCUAGGAAGAAAGCUACAGCACGAAAGCGCAAGCCGUCCCCGGGUCGAAGUGGAGUUGGUGCUUCACCUCCCAAACGUGCGAAAGGUGGGAGGAAGGAAAAGGCGCAGGCUGUUGUCACGUCAGCAAGUGACCAGCCGCUACCACGUCAUCGUGAGCGCCGCCGCACUAAAACGUUGGAGGAGCGGGAGAAGAUAGUCAAGGCGCACAACACAGUCGACAAUUUGAAGCCACCUCUUGCCAAGAAGUCGUUCGCCAAUUGGGGCGAGUUCGAGGCAGCGCUCGAUGCCUAUCAAGACGCGAACUUGGUGUUCUACCGCGUUCGGAGCUCGCAAUCGAAAAGGAACCACGACGGACCACCAAGACCAUCUACGAGUCCUACAAGCGCGGCCCUGCCGCUACCAGCAGCCGCUCGCAAGGACCUCGGUCUCAUGGCCGAGGUGCAAACCAGUACGCCGGCGAUCAACCGGUACCUCUCGGACAAGCUUGCUGUUUAA